AGACAAGACUGGGUAAGAGAGAUAAAGGAGAAGAAUGCAGAACAUUGGGACGGAUCUUCCCAGCAGUUGGUACAAUAUCUGCCUGUAUUCAAGAAAGAAGCUACCAGUUUAAAGCAGCAUCCAAACCAAACUGAAGGUGACAUUGUCCAGCAGAUCAUGGGUUGUAAAUGGGACGACCAGACAAACAAAGUUGAAGGAUACCAGACCUACAGUUUAAAUGGAGAAGCCUUCAUAAGGCUUGAUAUCGAAACAGGCAGAUGGGUUGCUUUAUGUCCACAGGCUGAAUUUGCUGAGAAGGAGUGGAAUAAAAACCCAGACCAUGGUCAAACAAUUAAGACUGUGUUUACAACUGUUUGCAUUGACUGGCUGAAGAUAUACGAUAAUUAUGGGAAGAAUUUUCUGCAUAGAAAAGAGAAUCCCUCUCUGUCUCUGCUGCAGAAGACUUUUUUCAGUCCAGUGAGCUGCCACGCUACAGGCUUCUAUCCUAAAAGAGCCCUGAUGUUCUGGAGGAAAGAUGGGGAAGAGAUUCAUGAGGACGUGGAACAUGGAGAGAUCCUUCCAAACAAUGAUGGGACCUUCCAGAUGAUAGUUUACCUGAAUGUAUCCUCAAUCCGUCCUGAAGAUUGGAGGAGAUACAACUGUGUGUUUCAGCUCUUUGGGAAAGAGGAAGAAACCAUCCAACUGGAUGAAGCAAAGAUAACAAGCAACCGAGAGAAGCCCAGUAACACAAUCAGCCCCAUGACUGCUGCUAUGAUUGGUUCUGUUCUUGUAUCCAUUGCUGCUGCUGCUGGAUAUGUGGUCUAUAAAAAGAUUUAAAACAAAAAUCUGCUUGUGCCAUCAUCCUGUAAGAACACCCCCAACAUAUUUUU